CCCUCCAGUCCACAUCACCUCUGGCCCAUAUUAACACACAAUAAAACAUGUUCCAGCACCCAAAAGCCACAAAAACAUCUGAGAUGGCGGUCAACUACACUGGGACGUGGGACAUUGUCAGCAAUGUCAACUUCGAAGGAUACAUGAUUGCUCUUGGUAUUGAUUUCGCAACCCGGAAAGUGGCGGCCAUGCUGAAGCCUCAGAAAGUGAUAAAGCAAGACGGUGAUAAAUUCACCAUCAGGACCCUCACCACUUUUAAGAACUAUGAAGUUGCAUUUAAGGUUGGGGAGGAGUACAAGGAGGUGACUAAAGGAAUGGAUAACCGUAUAUGCCAGAGUGUGGUCAACUGGGAAAAUGACAAGCUAGUGUGUGUUCAGCGAGGGGAAAAAAGGAACCGAGGUUGGAUUCACUGGAUUCAGGGAAAUGAACUUCAUUUGGAGCUCACCUGUGAGGAUCAAGUCUGCAAGCAAGUUUACAAAAGGACACUCUAAGUGUUUUCUCCUAAUUCAUAUUAUUUCAAAAUUGCAAUACAAAUAUUGCCCACGUUAGUUUUACACCAAAUAAAAAUGUAACAGGAAACAAUACUGAGAGUAAACACAUAAAUUGAUUUUUUUCCCUGUGUAGUACAACUUCCUACCGCAUGAGAGCGCUGUCAGAU